AUUCAAACAAAUAUAGUAAUGGAGAACAAGACUAAUCACAACCAACAUUUACCAAUUAUAAACUCCUUCAGCAUCAGUGUAGUUUAAAUGUGAGUGUGGGUGGGCACGAACAGAUGGCACAGGUGAAGCUGAUGUUGGCCUCUCUGUCCACAAUGAUGUCACAUGGUUUCAAGAGCAGUAAGCAGGACUUCACCUUUGGACCAUGGAAAGUGACUGCUGCGAAAAACCACAUCAUGAAAUCCAAAGACAUUGAACGGUUAGCUGAAGAGAUGAGCAUGCCCCUUCCAGAGAUGCUGUUUGGGGACAACAUCCUGCGCAUCCAUCACACAGAUGGCUACGGAAUUGAAUUCAAUGCCGUCGAUGCCCUUAAGAGAGUUAACAACAUGGAGGAUGCUGUCAAGGUGGCCUGUGCUCAGGAAUGGCAGGAGAGCAGAGCUGAUUCUGAACACUCCAAAGAGGUGGUGAGACCUUAUGACUGGACGUACACCACAGACUACAGAGGCACUCUGAUAGGAGAGGGUGUGCAGAUACAGGUGACUGAGACGGCAGAACGUAUCAACAUGGAGAAGCUGAAGGCUCGGGAACAGAUCAUGUUCUUUGAUGACGUACUACUGUUCGAGGACGAGCUUCAUGACCACGGAGUCUCAAUGAUCAGUGUCAAAAUUAGGGUGAUGCCCACCAGUUUCUUCCUGUUGUUGCGCUUCUUCCUACGAGUGGACGGAGUGCUGAUUAGAAUAAAUGACACACGACUGUAUCAUGAGGCUGGGAAGAAUUACAUGCUACGAGAGUUCAGCACAAGGGAAAGCAAAAUAUCAGAACUGAAGAAUGUCCCUGCUUCUCUCUACACUGAUCCCAAUGAGAUUGCCCAGCAUUUAACCCUGAAGCUGACAGUGUGUGAGAAGCUGGAGCUUCCUGUAAUAGAGCCUCAGACAGCUGCUGAUGAAGCCCCUCAGUGACCAACAUACUACAAGGUCCACAUUGAUGCUCUGCAUGAUGAAAAACAAGAAUAGUAGUCUUAAACCACACCCUUCAUUUUACAGUAUCAUAAUCAUCGAUCUCUCCUUCAAAAAUCCGAGGAAUCGUUUUUACAUGAAUAGUUUUUAUAUGUGGCCACUAUGAUGGUGUGUUCUCAAAAUGAUGCACUGUUAGACAGAAUCUUUUACCCCAGUUAACCACACUUUGCUCUAACAUCUGGCUUUAAUUUUUGAUUUGAACUGAUUUCUAUUUUAUUUUUCAGUGUCAACUUAACAUUGUGUGUUUAAGACAGUUGUUAGUAUGUCACUACUGUAUUUGUAAAAAGCUACGCAAAACAAUAAAAAAGUUGUCACGAA